AAACAAACAUUGCAUAUGGUAAAUGGCUAAAGGCUUUCACUAUAGUAUAUUACAUAGUUCAACAUAGCCCUUGCAAAACCAUGCCACUGAACCGUGGCCAAAGCCAAACCACAAGGUGGUAUCAUCAGCUAUGCUUUGUUCCCACUAGUUCAGAUAGUUCAGAUGACUCGGACGUAGAAUCUGUAAUCAUUACACCAACUACUACAAUUACAACUAGUACCACAUGGCAAGAACUUUCUCCGCCGCUGUCACCACUGCCACCACUACCGCCACCACCACCACCACCAGUUCCUGAACCUCAAAUGGAUUGGCGCUUUCCACUACCACCGCCACCACCAGAUUUUGUGCGGCCACUGCUGCUGCAACAGCAUGAGCCUGAUCUCAGUGGGGUUUGGGCUAUUCUUAACGAAGAAGUACAGCAGGAUAGGCUUCAAUCUCCCAAUAUAAGUCAUGUGUUUAAAGAUGAUAAAAGUGGGUGCUCAACGAUUGCCAUGAAUGGCCUUAGCAGGGUAAGAGUAUCAGACACAGAUAAAAUCUUUCUCUGUCCCAUUUGCAUGGAUCAGUUUAAAGUGUGUGAUCAAGCAUACCGGUUACCCUGCACCCACACCUAUUGUUCCGAAUGCAUUCUUCGUUGGCUUAACAGCAGCAAAACAUGUCCAGUUUGCAGGCUUCAAUUGAAUGGUUAUAGUUUUGAUAGCAUAGAUGAUAAUAAUAAUAAUUUGAACUCGCAUGUUGAAUUUCUAUCAACAUCAUUGUCUUCACCACCAUCGCCAUACUUUCGUUCUCCUCCGCGCCCGGAGUACCUCGUAGAAUCUUCUCUCAACCUUACAGCAGGUGUAGAGAACAGUGCAAGUGAUAACUCAGAUGAAGCUGAUUAUGAUAGUGCAUGUGAUGAGCUAGGUGAUUCUCAAGAAAAUGGUGCUUCUCAUACUGCUAAUGAUUUAUUACAGUAAAGAACUUCUGAUUGUGUAGCUUGCAUGUCUGUGCCUUAUUUGGAAAUGUAUUGCUUUGAAUAAUAUAUAUCUACUGUCCGAAAAAUUAGCUUGUAAUUUCACCGGAAUUUAGAUGUAAUUGAUUGUCUGAUCAGCUUAACAUGAUAUAUUAUGACUAUCAGUA